AUGGCGACCGCUUUCGAACCAUCGCUCUCGACGAGCCUCAGCCGCCAGUCCUUGGCGCCCGUUGGCCCGUCGGCCGCCGACUCGCUGCCCAGCAUCAACUUUGGCUUCGACGACUUGCGCGAUCGCAUGACAAAGUUUAGCGCGAGGUUCGAUGCUUUCAUCGAGCAAGGCCGCAAGCGCGUCUUGGAGGAGCGCAACCAGUUCCGCAUGAACGUGGCCGAGCUUCAAGAGGACCAGCGCAUGAAGAAAAAGGACAUUGAGAUUGUCCAGGUCAAGGCGGCGACGCAUCAGCAGACGAUGGAAAAGGAAGCGGCCGAGACGCGCGAGAUGGAGGCCGCCAUCGCCUCGCUCGCCUCGCAGCGCGACAACCACUCGACCAAGCGCGACAGCCUCAAGCAGCAAAUCGCGCAGACGCAGGCCGAGAUUGAGUCGCGGCUGGCGGCGCAGCGGGCCUUUGCGGCGCAGCAGGAAGCGCAGUCGCGGUACAACGUGCCGGAGCUUGACUUUUGGAUCACCAAUCUGUGCCUCAAGAUUGAGGGCGCCGGGCAGGACGACCGGCUCAAGUUCGUCUACACGCACGUCGACGAGCGCAACUGGGAACGCGAGGCGUGGUUUGAGCUGGUGACGAGCUCGAGGGACUACGAUGUCAAGCAUUGCCGGCCGAAGCUGGACCGGGACAAGGUGGAGAGGGUGCUGGAGAAGGUAAACGAGUCGAGGGAGCUGCUGGUUCUGCUCAAGGGGAUGCGGGAGCUGUUUGUGGAAGCAAUGAAGGCUUGA